CUUUUGGCUUCGGCUCGGAGGAGGUGACGGUGCAACAGUCUUCGGUCGUCCCGAAUCCGGGUUCAUCCGACACCAGCCGCCUCCACCAUGCCGCCUAAGUUCGACCCCAACGAGAUCAAAGUCGUAUACCUGAGGUGCACCGGCGGCGAAGUCGGUGCCACGUCUGCCCUGGCCCCGAAGAUCGGCCCGCUGGGUCUGUCUCCGAAAAAGGUUGGUGAUGACAUCGCCAAGGCAACCGGUGAUUGGAAGGGUCUGAGGAUUACAGUGAAACUGACCAUUCAGAACAGACAGGCCCAGAUUGAAGUGGUACCAUCUGCCUCCGCCCUGAUUAUCAAAGCCCUGAAGGAACCGCCGAGAGACAGAAAGAAGCAGAAAAACAUUAAGCACAGUGGAAAUAUCACUUUUGAUGAGAUUGUCAACAUUGCCCGACAGAUGCGGCACCGAUCAUUAGCCAGAGAGCUCUCUGGGACCAUUAAAGAGAUUCUGGGGACCGCCCAGUCUGUAGGCUGCAAUGUUGAUGGCCGCCACCCUCAUGACAUCAUAGAUGACAUCAAUAGUGGUGCAGUAGAAUGCCCGGCUAGUUAAGAACUACAAAGGAAAAUAUUUUAAUAAAGGAUCAUUUGACAACCAGUGGA